UGGCGACGGGAUAUCAACAAAUGAAAACAUUGAACACGAACUUGGAAAGAAGAUGGAUUAUAUCAACGGCCAAUCUUCAAAAAACAAUCUAUACAACGUGCUUUGAUGCAAAAAUAUAAUAGCUGUAUAUUAAUAGUAAAGUGGACUAUGAAAAGUCUUAUGGGGCAUCAGAAUUAGGCAGAUGAAUUGACCUUCUUCAAACGAUGGAUUUUAAAAUCGUCUGCAAUUUAGAGUUCCUAGAAAAGGCUCUUACAAUCAUAAUUUGUAAAUUCUAAAAAAUACAUAUGAUCGAUGCUAGUUUGACAAUAUGGAUAACUGCUCCUACAUUCAGUAAAAUAUACGUUGGAGCAUACAGCUCUAAUAUUCUUCAGUGCAAAACCUCUGCACCUGAACUUGUCAAAUAUUGUAGCCACAACAUUUGUAAAUAGCAAUAACAAGGCGUCAAUAACAAAUAGUACACAAUAUCAAAGAACUGCAAGAAUUUAAAGUUUAUGUUUCUUAUAUAUCACAAAACUACAGAACGAUGUUGGGAGGUACUAAAACAAUUUCUCAUGGCUCUAGCAAUAAUCGUCAUGAUGCAAUGUAUGCUGUGCAUGGUGCAGGUGGUAAAAGGCGUCCUGUUGCCCAGUUACCUCAGGGAAGUAGUGAUGAAGAAGACAUCAAUGAUAAAUCAUUAGAAACAAAUAAAUCCAAAGCGAACCAAUUGACGAUUGAGAUUCCUUGCCCAGAAUCACCAAUAUCUCCUAUAUCCCCUAAUUUAUCAGCAUUGGCUGACCAUGACUAUGAAAAUGUGGCAUCGCCAGGUAGUAGCACAUCUAGUGGACCUAUAUAUGUCAGGCCAGCAGGUUUUAAAUAUCAUGGACAGGAGAUAAAACAAUCAAAGAGUAAAAAGAAGAAAACAAUUUCAUUAAAAGAUGGGCUAAGAAGAGGGGAACCAAUACCACCAAAAGGAAAACCUAGAAGAGAUCCUUUACCUAUGAGAAUGAGAGCAUUGCCUCAGUCAUUCUGGAAUGAACCAAAUCGCACGUUGAAUGAAUCACCAGCCAAUCAGGUGUCCUCUCAUGUGCUUCCGCCUCUCAUGAAGUUUGAUGGAAAGAACCCUAGUGAAGACAUAAUGGAUGUUCGACCUGUCACACCUCCUGAGGAAAAAGAACCAAAACCCAAGAAACCAGCUCCUCGUCCCGAGAGAUCAGAACGUACCCAAGCUACUGCAAAUACAGACUUGUUGUUUAAACUUUUUGACUGUGUAGAGGAGAAAAAGACAAAAAAGACAGAUCUAUAUAACACACCCCCAUCAAAAACAUCUAUAUUUAGGAGAGGACGGCCGCGGAAACUACUUCCCCCUUCCAACACAAAGGGAGUGAUCACAGGAGAGGAUGCCUGUAUGGUUGAAGGAAUCUCAGAUAAAAUAUUCCCCAAGUUAAAAAGUGACGGUACUAAAGCAAAUGGUGCUUUAGCAAAUGGACACCAAUCGUUGCAAAUCGUGACUGUAAGACAAGGAGAUAAGACUCUGUGUUUGCCUCAAUUAGCCAUGGAACAAAACUAUUCUCAAAUGUUAUCAGAGUUGGUCAUGCACAUAUAAAAGUGAUUUAACAGCAACAUCAGAUAUGAAAUGCUACGGAGUUAUGCUCAUCUCCGUUAAAAAGAGUGCAAAUGCCAAACCGAAGAAGGAAAUAGACCAAUGUGUGAUUAUUUGAGUCAUGCUUGAGUCAUCUGGCUGAUCAAUCGCGACAACCACGCAUUAGAUAUCCUUGAAGUGAUUUCCCUUCAUUCUAGCGAAGGAAAACACUAUUGGACUAAGUGAAACCAUUUACUGAAGAAUCCUUUUCAAUUUGUACUUUCGGAUUUUCGUAUGCUCAUAAAUAUUUGUGACCUACAAUAUUACAACAUGAGCAAACGCAAAUUGAUUGGAUUCAGGCAGAAAUGCUAAUAUGUAAUAAUAACUCAUGCAAACACACACGGUCUAUACAAAAUCAACAUGUACAUGUACUCUAUACAAUUCAAAUAUUGUAACAGUCAUCAUAUGGCCUUGCACCAAACUUUAUCUAUUUGACAUGCUCCAUGCCGAAUUUCAGAUCUGGAUCUGUGGAAGGUUACAAUUUACUAUAUUCUCUUCAUAUAUUUGAAAACAGAUCGCAAUCACAUCAAAAAGCCAAAGUUUAUGAAGCUUCUGAAGUCACAUGUGCACUCAUUAGGUGUUAGGGCCUGUGCACUCUUCAGGUGAUAAUGGUAUAUUUUCCAAAUAGGGUUAUUAACCAAAGGAAUUCAAACCAUACUAUUGUAUGUUUUACAACUAAGAUUCCGUCCAUUUUGACCAUUCCAUUAUGAACAUUGCUCUCACCAGGUUUAGUCCCUGGGCAUUUGUGUCACAUAUAAGGGAAAUCAAUACCAAUGUUAUAUACACCCCCCAUCCAUACGUUUGGCAACUUAAAAUGUUGAAACUCUGCUUAUUUUUUAAUCUUUAAUUUUUUCUUUUAUUA